AUGUGGACACGUUGGAUCGCUGCUUGCAGCUUGGCAGCGCUCGGCGCAACGGCUGAGGUGACUGUAUCUGGACGUCCUGUUGCAGCAACAGCAGCAGCUGCUGCAUUGACCAGCAGUGAUGACUCCAUUGACGCCCGAGCUCAAGCCAUUGUGGACAGUUUCUCGGCAAUGGACGUGAUCGGAGAGAUGACCCAAGUCGACAUCAGCACGGUCAUGAACUCCGCGAACAACACGCUGGACGAGGACAAAGUUCGCGCCCACGCUAAACUGCACAUCGGGUCGUACCUCAACUCGUACUUCUCCGAGCGCAGGGGCAACGGCACUGGCUGGUCCGUCACGGAAUUCCGUGCACUGGUCGCGCGUAUCCAGGAGAUCACCAUGGAGGAGAACGGUGGGCACCCGAUCCUCUACGGCCUCGAUUCCGUGCACGGAGCGAACUACGUCGGAGGAGCCGUUAUCUUCCCGCAGCAGAUCAACAUGGGCGCGAGUUUCAACCCCAAGUUAGUGUACCAAGCAGGACAAAUCACGGCCCGCGACACGGAAGCUGCUGGCAUCCCGUGGAUCUUUGCACCGAUUCUAGAGGUCUCGUACAAUCCGUUGUGGGCCCGCACGUUUGAGACGUUCAGCGAGGAUCCCUACGUGGUCUCUGUCAUGGGCGACGCUCUUGUGCGGGGUCUGCAGAGCUAUGAACAGACCGCGGCCUGCAUAAAACACUUUAUCGCGUACUCCAAGACCACGAGGGGUCACGAUCGCGAAGACGCCAGCUUGUCUGACUUUGAACUUCUCAACCACUACAUGCCGCCGUUCAAAGCCGCUAUUGACGCUGGUGCCAUGACGAUGAUGGAGAACUACGUCUCGAUCAAUGGUGAACCGGUUGUGGCGAGCUCUCGCAUUUUGAACGACCUGCUUCGCUCCGACCUCGGGUUCGACGGUCUGCUUGUUACGGAUUGGGCUGAGAUCAACAAUCUCAAGGACUGGCAUCGCGUUGCGCAAACCCAAGAGGACGCCGUGGCCUUGUCACUGACGCAUACGUCGAUUGACAUGAGCAUGGUACCCACCGACACGAAGUUCAUCGACCACGCAAAGAAGAUGCUGGAGAAGCACCCGGAACAAGAAGCUCGGCUGCGGGAGUCCGCCAAGCGUAUCGUGAAGACAAAGUUGAAGCUGGGGUUGUACAAGAACCCGGUCCCUGGUGAGCAGUACGUCUCCAUGGUGGGUAACGACGACGACGUGCACGCUGCUCUGACAAUGGCUCGCGAAUCGAUCGUGCUCCUGAAGAAUGCUAACGACGUUCUGCCGCUGUCCAAGAAAGCGUCCGUCUUCCUCACGGGCCACUCUGCUGACAACGUCGGCUACCAAUGUGGCGGGUGGAGCAGAUCAUGGCAAGGAUACUCGGGCAAUGAGCUGUUUCCCCACGGCAUCAGCGUUCGCCAGGGCUUUGAAGACUUGGUCGGUAACGACUCCUUUACGUACUUCAACGGACUGCUCGCGGACGGCAACAUCUCGGACGCGGACUUGGCGAAGGCUGUCGAGCAUGCCAGCAAGCACGAGUACACGGUUGCUGUCAUUGGUGAAGCCAAUUACGCUGAAAAGCCAGGCGACAUCGAUGACUUGGCGCUGCCUGCAGGCCAGGUGAGGUACAUCGAGGCUCUGAGUAGGACCAAGACCAAGGUGAUCGUCGUGUUGUUUGAAGGCCGCCCUCGACUGCUUGGUUCGAUCCCGGACAACGCGGUAGCCAUAAUUGACGGCUUGCUGCCCUGCGAGCUCGGUGGCCAGGCAAUGGCUGAGAUUAUCUACGGUGUGGUGAACCCGAGUGGUCGACUGCCGCUCACGUACCCGAAGGACCAAGCAAACAUUGCCAUUCCAUACAACCACCUCGUCACCACUCGCUGUGCGAGCGACAACUGCCGGAUGGAAUUUGAGUUCGGCGCGGGUCUCAGCUACACGCAGUUCAAUUACUCGGGUCUGAGCCUGGACACGACGCGCCUGACGAGUGCGUCCGCAACUGUCACUGCGAAGGUGACCGUUGCGAACACGGGCAAUCGUGCCGGCAAUGAGACGGUGAUGUUGUUCGUGAUCCAGCCGUACCGCUCGAUCUCGGUGCCGGAGAUGAAGCUGCUGAAGAAAUUCACGAAGAUUGAGCUGCAGGCUGGCGAGUCGGCGGACGUCUCGUUCAAGCUGACCAUCGACGACUUGAGCGUGUAUGACCCGCAGAUCGGUAAAGGCUUGAAGCGCGUGUUCGAGGACAGCGACUAUGUCGUGGCCAUCAAGCCGGACACGUGGUGCGACGUGUACAACAACAUCACAAACCCGUUGUGUGCCGAGUUCAGCAUUGACACCAGGGGUGGCGACGGCCCAGCGCUGGUUGACACCGACGAGGUUGAAGACACAACGCAGCUUGACAUCGAUGGUGAUGAUGAUGAAGACCCAGCGCGGGUUAGCGCCAGUGGUGACGAAAGUAACCCGCUCGUUGACGUCGGCGUGACGCUUAGGUAG